GAAUUUGUUGCAGAUCAUUUUUUCUCACUGCCAAGCGUGGUUAUUUGCUUUGUGCAGCGUGGGCAAGUGCACCACGAUGGGCGUGGUGAUGGCUCUUUAGGAAGCUGGAUGGAUCUCCACCGUGUCCUAUAUAAACGCGGCUACCGGGUUCCCGAUCCGUCACUACGUUCAGUUCCGAUCGACAAAUCGCUCAACUAUGUCUCUCCUCAAGUUCGUCGUAUUGGCGUUUUUCGUCGCCGCCUCUCAUGCUGGCGUGAUUGCUCCGGUGGCGCACGUAGACGCAGAGUACGACCCCGAUCCGCACUACACCUUCGGCUACGACGUCCAGGACCCGUUCACAGGCGACAACAAGAACCAGAUCGAGACCCGGAACGGCGACGUAGUGCGCGGCAGCUACUCCCUCAAUGAUCCGGACGGCACGAGACGCAUCGUCGAUUACACGGCCGACCCGAUAAACGGGUUCAACGCGGUCGUGAGGAAGACGCCGAUCCUACCAUCCAAUAUUGUCGCACCCGUUGUUUCGAACUCGGUGGAGCCUAAAGCGUUAGAGGGACACGUCAAACACGUUAACUACGUUAACCCGUUGUCGUAUUCGUUGCAAUACACCCCGUUGUUGUACGGCUAUCCCGCCGUUUACCGUACACCUUACUUUGCGCAUUAUUAUUGAGGUUUAAUUUAUUUUAAUUUAUUUUGAAUAAACGUAUUUUUAUUAACAA